AUGUAUAAAAUGGAAUAUUCUUACCUCAAUUCCUCUGCCUACGAGUCAUGUAUGGCCGGGAUGGACACCUCGAGCUUGGCAUCAGCUUAUGCGGACUUCAGCUCGUGCAGCCAAGCCAGUGGGUUUCAGUACAAUCCGAUCAGGACCACGUUUGGGGCCACCUCCGGGUGUCCCUCGCUCACCCCGGGCUCCUGCAGUCUCGGGACACUGCGGGACCACCAAAGCAGCCCGUAUGCCGCAGUUCCCUACAAACUGUUCACGGAUCACGGUGGCUUAAACGAGAAGCGGAAACAGAGGCGGAUCCGGACCACUUUCACCAGCGCACAGCUGAAAGAGCUGGAGCGGGUUUUCGCGGAGACCCAUUACCCGGACAUUUACACGCGAGAAGAGCUGGCGCUCAAAAUUGAUCUCACCGAAGCCCGAGUGCAGGUGUGGUUCCAGAACAGGCGUGCAAAAUUCCGCAAGCAGGAGCGCGCUGCAGCCGCUGCAGCUGCUGCUGCCAAGAACGGAUCAUCAGGGAAAAAGUCGGACGCGAGGGAGGACGAGAGCAAAGAGCCGAAAGCUACGGACCCCGACAGUACGGGAGGUCCGGGACCCAACCCAAAUCCCAACCCCAGCUGUGGGGGACCAAGUCCGACCGGAGGACAGGGUAACACCGGAGCGAGCGGGCCGGUGGAGCAGGUGAAGACGUCCGCAGCGGGGGGUCUCGGGGCUACCGCACCGAGUCAGGGAUGGGCCUCUGCCCCCGGCACCAUUACUUCCAUUCCGGACUCGUUGGGUGGACCGUUCGCAAGCGUACUAUCUUCUCUGCAGAGACAGAACGGAGCCAAAGCCACUUUAGUAAAAACCAGCAUGUUCUGA